AUGCUGGAGAUGCUUGAGUACAGCCAUUAUCAGGUGCAGUCCCACCUGGAAAACCCAUCCAAGCACCACAUCCAGCAGGCGCAGAGGCAGCAAGUGAGGCAGUAUCUGUCCACCACUCUGGGUGGUAAAGCCGGCAGCCAGUGCCCCAGCCAGCCCUCGGAGCACGGCAUGCCGCCCGGGCCCGCUGGCAGCGCGCCCAACAGUCCCAUGGCUUUGCUCACUCUCGGCUCCAACUGUGAGAAGGAGAUGGAUGAUGUCAUUGAUGAUAUUAUUAGCUUGGAGUCGAGUUACAGCGAAGAUGUUCUUGGACUAAUGGACCAAGGGCUCCAAAUCAACAACCCGCUCCCUGUGUCUGGUAAUCUACUAGAUAUGUACAGCAAUCAAGGGCUCCAACUUCCAGGCCUCUCCAUUGGCAGCUCCUGUCCACCCAACAUUAAAAGGGAAUUCACAGCUCCUGGCAUGAAGCAAGUAAUGGACAAGUCUGGAUCCUGUGGCCAGUAUGAAAGCUAUCAAAGGCCAGAGGGCUUUCCAGUAGAAGCUGAGGUUCGGGCUCUCGCUAAGGAGAGACAGAAGAAAGACAACCACAACUUAAUCGAACGAAGGCGGAGGUUUAACAUCAAUGAUCGCAUUAAAGAGCUGGGAACUUUGAUACCCAAGUCAAAUGAUCCAGACAUGCGCUGGAAUAAGGGCACCAUUCUGAAAGCGUCCGUGGACUACAUCAGGAAACUGCAGCAGGAGCAGCAAAGGGCCAAGGAGCUCGAAUGCAGGCAGAGGAAGCUGGAGCACGCCAACCGCCACCUGAUGCUCCGUAUUCAGGAGUUGGAGAUCCAAGCCCGGGCUCACGGUCUCACCGUGGUUCCAUCCACGUCCGUCUGCACGUCGGAGCUGAUGGCUCGCGCCAUCAAACAGGAGCCCAUCUUGGGCGACUGUCCGUCCGAGCUCUACUCCCACUGCUCGGCCCCGGACAUGUCCCCGCCGACCACGCUGGACCUCAACAACGGCACCAUCACCUUCGACCACAUGCCCGCGGACGCCGGGGACCCCGGCCCCUUCAGGAACUCCAGGUCCUGUAAAAUGAAGGAGCUGGUCAUGGACAACACCCUCGGGCCCAUUUCUCCCAGCGACCCCCUGCUGUCCUCCAUGUCCCCCGACGUGUCCAACGCCAGCAGCCACAACAGCUCCAGCUCCAGUAUGGAGGACAAAGAACACGGCUGUUAGCCACAUCUCACACUGACUUGAUGGAUGAGAGGACUUUUUCAUUUUUUCGUAAUGUUUUUCCAUAAAGUUUGACCAUUAAUCACCAAAGAAUCUUCAGUUUUUGGUGUGAGAAAAAACCCCUGAGUUCCUCUUUUAGUUCACUGUCUUUUUGGCAGUCAUUUGUAGUCCAUUUGUAAGAGGAUAAUUCGACUUGUCGACUGAAAAACUUGUUGAACACGUUAGUACAGAUAAGGUUUACCUGUGCAUAUUUGUAGUAUGAAUUUAACUUUCCAUCACAAAGUA